GCAGGACCCAUGGCGGCGACGACAGCGGACGCAAGCAAGGUCGUGGGCGGCGGCGAGAAGGGCAACGUGGACGAGGAGAGCAAGAUGAUCACGCUGUUCAGCUCGGACGGCGAGCGCUUCGAGGUGACCCAGGAGGCGGCGGCCAUGUCGCAGACCAUCCACCACAUGAUGGAGGACGGCUGCGUGGACGACGAGGGCGUCCAUCUCCCCAACGUGGGAUCCGAGAUCCUCGCCAUGGUCAUCGAGUACUGCAACAGGCACGUGGCCAGCCCCGACGAGAAGGAGGACAUCAGGAGCUUCGACGCCGGCUUCGUGAAGGUGGAGCAUCACACGCUGUUCGACAUCAUCCGCGCCGCCAACUACCUGGACGUCAAGGAGCUCAUGGACCUUUGCUGCCAGACGGUGGCCGACUCGAUCAAGAGCAAGUCGGUCGAGGAGAUUCGCGAGCUGUUCGGCAUCGUGAACGACUUCACGCCCGAGGAGGAGGCGGAGAUCCGCAAGGAGAACCAGUGGGCGUUCGAGUAG